UCACUUUAUGUUUCUUUGAAUGGGCUAGCUUCAUUCUCUCAUCUCUACAGCUAAUAUCUCUAGUUCUAUUGCUUCUUUUGUGAUCAGUUACAAGUCUCUGCAAUUCUUUUUCUUUCUUGAAGAUCUUCUCUACUGCUUCAAAGAGGGAAGGAAAGAAAGAAAUUAACAAAGAAAGCAAGAAAGAAAAUGAGAAAACCUUGCUGUGAUAAAGAAGGAAACAACAAAGGAGCUUGGUCUAAACAAGAAGACCAGAAGCUUAUUGAUUAUAUCAAAAUUCAUGGAGAGGGUUGCUGGCGUUCUCUCCCUAAGGCUGCAGGAUUGCACCGUUGUGGCAAAAGUUGUAGGCUAAGAUGGAUAAACUAUCUUAGGCCAGACAUUAAACGGGGAAACUUUACUGAAGAUGAAGAAGACCUCAUCAUUAAGCUCCAUGCUCUCCUCGGCAACAGGUGGUCACUGAUAGCUGGGAGACUGCCAGGAAGGACAGAUAAUGAGGUGAAGAACUACUGGAACUCUCACAUGAGAAAAAAGCUAAUAAACAUGGGUAUUGACCCUAAGAAUCAUCGGCUUAAUCAAAUUCUUCCUCGGUCGCAUCAUCAUCAACAUAAUCAUCAAACGGACCAUGUUUCUGCUCCUGUUGAAGUUGGUACAUGUAAUAGACCUAAUAAGUCUACCCAUGGUCAUGAUAAUAACGAUAGGGUUUCUGAUGCAGCAAGUUGUUUAGAGGACGAAACUUGUUCUGGUUCUUCUGAUCUAAAUCUUGAUCUCACCAUUGCUGUUCCUUCUCCUUCUCCUACCACCACUUGGGAAACCAGGCCAGCAAAUUGUGAUAUGGCAGCAAGUUGUGAAGUAGAAAGUGAUACAUCGCCCACCCUACUUCUCUUCGUAUGAAGCAACAAUUUUUCCUAAUGAUUUUGAGGGAGAUAACUGGGUACUAUUAAUGGCUAACUUGCUAGGAUGAGAGCUGUGCAAUUUGCUGGUAAUUAAUAACUUUGUAACUUAUUUUGUUGCAUUUGAAGAGAAUGGAGUGGCUAAUUAGCUGAUGCCUUGUAAUGGGUCUUCAUCUAUAUAUAUAUUGUACAGCCUAGGAGAAAGAAGAUGAGCUUCGAAUGAUAACAAACAUGAAGGCGACUGAAGCUAAUCCGAGCAUGGAACACAAGAACCAACCCAUAUGUUGUAGAGCAGAAGAUAUCUAUUCAUGUAUUUUUUCCCCUGGAAAAACUGAUAAUAAUAAAUAUAUAUCUCUUAUAUAGGA